CAAGCUGUGAAAUGGAAAUAUCGGAGAGCAAAGAACGCCGGAGCCGCAAUUGAAACAACACCGGGGGGGAGAGAGAGAGGGGCGAGAAAGAUGCUCUCAAAUGGGAACCUUCAGGAGGGAUAUCCUCCCAGCUCUGGUAAGCCAAAUAUGACCGUCUCAAACUCAGUCAAAUGACCACCCAAUCCCUCCUUUUUUCCGCCUUCCUCUUCCUCUGUUUUUUCAUCCUGGCUUGAUAUUCGAUUCUCCUAACAGGCUAUUAUGCUUAGAUCCAUCUGUCAAAAGCGCACCCUCUUCUGUCUCUGCAGAUUCAAUUUUUGUCAGGGAUGGUCUCCAGAGCAGCCAUAGUUUUGCUUAUCGGUCUUCUGGGCAUGGUUUAUCAGGCCACUCAGCUUCCUCCUCCCAGUCGUACUGAUGACCCCUCCAAUGAUGACCUCCCCUUGGUUUCUCCUAGAAUCAGGCUCCGCGACGGAAGGUAUCUGGCUUACAGAGAGUUUGGCGUCCCCAAGGAGAAAGCCAAGCACAAGAUAAUCAUUGUCCAUGGAUUUGGAAGCUCCAAAGAGAUGAACUUCCUGGCACCCCAAGAACUAAUAGAUGAACUUGGCAUAUAUCUUCUGCAAUAUGAUCGGGCUGGAUAUGGAGAAAGUGAUCCGAACCCAAAACGCUCACUGAAAUCUGAAGUACUUGACAUUCAAGAACUUGCUGAUCAGCUACAGAUAGGACCACAGUUUUAUGUGGUCGGAGUCUCAAUGGGAUCCUAUGCUACCUGGAGCUGCCUGAAGUACAUCCCACACAGGCUAGCUGGUGUGGCCCUAGUGGCUCCUGUCAUCAAUUACCAAUGGCCUUCACUUCCUGAGACUCUCAUAAAGGAGGACUAUAGAAGGAAACUUAUGAGGUGGGCUAUGUGGCUUGCAAAAUACUCCCCAACACUAUUGCACUGGUGGGUGACUCAGAAGUGGCUCCCCUCAACUUCUGUAAUUGAAAGAAACCCCCGAUUCUUCAACAAAAGAGAUAUUGAUAUUUUAAAGAUAAUUCCUGGGUUCCCAAUGCUUACUAAGGAGAAAUUAAAGGAACAGGAUGUUUUCGACACGCUGCGACAUGACUGGAUGGUGGCUUUUGGAAAGUGGGAAUUCGACCCAACAGAGCUGAGCAAUCCAUUUCCUCAGAAUUCUACAUUGGCUCACAUUUGGCAAGGUUUUGAAGACAAGGUCGUGCCCUCUCAAAUCCAGAGAUUUAUUUCAGAGAAGCUACCCUGGAUCCGUUAUCAUGAAGUUCCAGAUGGUGGCCAUUUGAUUAUACAUUAUAGUGGCUUGUGUGAGGCCAUUCUAAGAGCCCUUUUACUUGGAGAAGAAAAUGUUUCAUAUAGGCCUAGAUUGUCAUCCACAUUUGUAUUUUAAAAAAAAGCCAUGAUGAUCUCAUUAUUGUCCAAAUAUAUCGUUUUAGGAUGAUAUCCAAUUAUGUGUACAUUACAUUUGUUGAUUGGCAAGUUUGAAUAAGGAAAGAAAAUGUCCUCCGAUUCUCUGUAAA